AAGCAAUCAAAAUUUGUUACAAAACGUCUUGAUCUCAGUUUUGGAAAAAAAAUAAAGAAAUUUCUCAAAAAAAUUGGAUUGAGAUUUUUUUUAACUAUAAGCUUUACUAAUUGAUUGCUAAUUCUCUAUAGCACUAGGUGUUAAAGAAAAAGCAAAAAGAAUUGGAAUUCAAAAUAAGCUGUUGUUAGUGAUGAAAAUAAGUCAAAUACUUGGUAGUCAUUUAUAGUUCUCACAAAACGGGGCCCUUUCUUUUAAAACUUUUCUCUAGACCGAGUCUCAAGUGCGCGAAGAACUGAGAAAGGAAGAAAAUAUUAUAAACUCACUAAAAUACGAUGUUGUUCAAGAAUGUUAGCGACAAAAUUGCGCCACCCGACCAACGAUGACAUCAUAUAUCAUAGAAUAAGAAGAAAGAACGUGAAAAAGCUGUCAAGUUUCAAAAAUUAAAUUGUAAACAAAAGCAUAAAUAGUUUUGAAAACUCGUGAAAUACAUCAAAUUUUUUAGUUGAUAAACAAGAAGUUCCACACGUUUCAAGUUGGAAAAUGUGACGUAAAAGCAAUAAUGCUGCUACAUUUUUGAAAGCAGAAAUCAAAAAAAAAAAUAAUAAUAACGUCAGCCGCAAAGCAAAGAAAAAACCGCAAAACCGCACUUGCAGCUUGCAACAUUAUACAUUGCUUGCUUGUUGAAUGCUGCAAGUGGACCGCCACAUAGUGAAAAAGUGCCAACACCGACGACAGCAACAACAACGCUGAAAAUUGCCAUAAAUGCCGCUGCAGUUAACAACCAACACAGAAAUUCGACCCGCAGACCCAGAUGAAUGCCCCACUGAAAAUGUUGUUGCACGCCCCAGGCAUCACAAUUUCGGCUGCUUUUAGUAUAUGGCUGAUGUGCUGUUGUUUACCAAACGCCGAGCCACUCGUAGUGCCACAGGAGUUACCCUCCAUACUAUCACUGAUCUACUCUAAUAUUCCACCCAUUAAAAAAGGUACCGAUUCCCGACUCGGCUUCGGUUUUCGUCUCGGCAAUCAUGCUGACUUCCAAGUUCUACUCGAGCUGGGACCACAGAAGAACACACGUCCAAUUGGCGAAGAUGCCGACUCGGAAAACUCGUUCAAUAAGCGACAAGUGAGCAAGGCGCAACGCGCUCAUCUGCUGCGCAAACAAGCGCAGGAAGUGUACCGACAGCUCGCGACCAGCACGACAACAGAACGCGCAGCCAAUAGUUGGCUAGAGAGUUGGUCGAAUGCCAUGAAUACAAAUCACAAUGUUGACGGUGUGACGGUGACCAGUGCCGGCAUAGCAGCGAACAAAAAGAAAUCUGCGCCGAAACUCGCACAAAGCACGGGGAAGAAACAGCAGCAGCUGGAGAAUUUCACGCCACCGGCGGCCAACACAGCGGAGCAGUCAAUGAUGCAACUGCAAAUGCUCUACCGCAUGGCCACCGCCAGCAGCACAACAACAACAUCACCAAUAGAUAUACAGCCAAGUACCGAGUUGCCAGUUAUGGUUGUAACGCCGGAGCCACAGUUACAGCGAUUACGUCCGACUUUUGUACCGUACAAAGGUGGUUCUUUGAACUUAGGCGGACCAGUGGGACUCACACCACGCCCACUUGAGGAAUUGGCACUGCAGACAAUCGCAGAGCAACCGAUUGAGCGCAAAUCGAAAAGUGAAAUAACCAAGGAGUUGAUGGAUGUGAGCCUUGAGCAGGGCCAGUAGCGUGUCAGCUAUUCGAAAUGCAGUAAAACUUUUGUAAAUAAUCUUUAUGUAAAAAAAAUCGAUUGUAUAUAAAAAAAUUUAAUUUAGAAAGAUAAAGAAAAGUAAUAUUUUGGAAAAAACUAC